AUGAACUCGCCAGCUGUCGCCGAGAGAGUGGUGGCACGGAUCGCUGCUGACGUGGAGCUUGCUGACGUGGCAGAUGGGCCUCCAGGAGGGAGUGCGGAGGAUGAGAGGGAGGAUGUGAUAUGGUGGGAUUUGGAGGAGGGGAGUGUGGUAAUGGAGACGGAGGAGGAGGAGGAGGAGGAGGAGGAGGAGGAGGAGGAGGAGGAGGAGGAGGAGGAGGAGGAGGAGGAGGAGGAGGAGGAGGAGGAGGAGGAGGAGGAGGAGGAGGAGGAGGAGGAGGAGGAGGAGGAAGAGGACCGGCCAGGGAGGGAGAUGGACGUGGGAAGAGAAGGGCGAAGGGAACGGAAGGAAGGGAGAAAGGAGGAGGACUGA